CCACGGAGCAUGCGCACGUGUAUGACACACUACAUCGCUACUGUGUUGAUGUCAGUCGAUAUAACAGGUUUCCUAACCUUAUAAUAACGCAAACUUUAACGACUAAUAUCUCGGUUCACGGGGCAAAGCGACACUUUUUUUGCCAGAUUCUUUUGUUUCAUGCAAAAACGCGUCGAAGCCUAAUUUUAUCGAAAUCGGAUGACAGGCCCCUUAACUUAACAUUUACCAUUUUUAAUUUCAUAUGCGUUCAAUGUAUGCAUUAAUCCAGUAUACUGCGGAUGAUUGAAUUCACUUAUGUUACAUAUGAUGAAUCUCUUUGGUUUUUGCCGGCUAACCCGCGUUUCAAUAAAUUCCAUAAUACCGAUUCAAUAUACGAUACAAACGAAAAAUUAUGCAGUUACACGACCCGGAGCGAAGAAAUUGGGAGUAAAGAAAAUGUCAGUUACGGUAGAAAAGAAAUUAUUACCCGUGGAAACAGAUGUCAACAGGCUCCUAACUCAUGUCUGUGGUACAAACAUCUACAAGAAAGGAGAAGAAGACAUCAAGUUAAAGUCAGAUUCCGAAUAUCCUAGUUGGUUGUGGAACAUUAGAACUGGUGCUCCACCACCUUUGGAAGAAAUGGAUCCAAAUACAAAACAGUAUUGGAGGAGAUUGCGAUUACUCGGAAUAAGAAAAUACAAGAAGGAAAGGUCAACUAGAAAGUUUUAAUUUUUUUUAAUAAAAUACAAAGAGCACGUCUACACUUCUUGAUAAAACUUAAUGUACAGCAUUUGCUGAAAAUUUUUAAUUUUGCUUUGUAGAGUGUUAUAAGAUUUGAUGAAAAUGGAUAAAUAAAAUACAAAUGAGAUGAAAUAAAAGA